UUCUUGGUAAGCAACUCCCAUGUAGAUUUGACCUUGUGUUUUGUGUUAUUGUCCUACUGAAAGGGAAAUUCAUCUCCCAGUGUCUGUUGGGAAGCAGACUGAACUAGUUUUCCUCUAGGAUUUUGCCCUUUGUUUUGCCUCCAUUCCAUGUAUUUUUGUUUUAUCCUAAAAAAAAAACUUGCCACUUAACAAAAACAAGCAGCCACUUAACAAAAACAAGCAUUCCCAUAACAUGAUGCAGCCACCAUUAUGCUUGAAAAUAUGGAGAGGUACUCUGUUGUAUGGGAUUUGCCCCAAACACAACAAAGGUGAAUUGCUUUGCCACAUUUUUUGCUGUAUUACUUUAGUGUCUUGUUCAAAACAGGAUGCAUGUUUUGGAAUAUUUUUAUUCUGUAUAAGCUUCCUUUUCACUCUGAAUUAGGUUUAAUAUUGUGGAUGUUGUUGAUCCAUCCUCAAUUUUCUCCCAUCACAGCGAUAAACUCUCAACAUUUUUCAUUUUUUGCCAAUUUCGUGAUAUCCAAUUGUUAGUCUUGUCCCAACGCUGGAAUUCCCGUAUGGACUCGGGAGAGGCGAAGGUCGAGAGCCAUGCGUCAUCCAAAAAACGACCCCGCCAAGCCGCACUGCUUCUUGACACACUGCUCACCUUACCCAGAAGCCAGCCACACCAUUGUGUCGGAGGAAUCACCGUACACUAGGCGACUGUGUCAGUGUGCAUGCACCCGGCCCACCACAGCAGUCACUACAGCACGAUGGGACAAGGAUAUCCUGGCCGGCCAAACCCUCCCCAAGCCUGGACGACGUUGGGCAAAUUGUGUGCCGCCUCAUGGGUCUUCUGGUCGUGGCCGGCUGCAACACAGCCUGGUAUCGAACCCUGAUCUGUAGUGACGCCGCUAGUACUGCAAUGUCACUUGGGAGGCCUCUAUAACUUUAAAAAAAAUCACCAUUGGCCUCAUGGGGAAAUCCCUGAGUAGUUUCCUUCCUCUCUGGCAACUGAGUUAGGAAGGAUUCCUGUGUCUUUGUAAUGACUGGUUGUAUUGAUACACCAUCCAGUUUUUAUUUUAUUUUUUACACCCAUCUAACAAUAGCUGCCGUUUGCGAGGCAACCUCCCUGGUCUUGGUGGUUUCAUUUGUUUGAAAUUCAGUGCUUGACAGAAAUGAGGUAGUCAUGAAAAACUUAUGUAAAACACUAUUAUUCCACACAGAGGGAGUUCAUGCAAUUUGUGUGCCUUGUUAAGUAUAUUUUUACUCGUGAACUUAUUUAGGCUUGCCAUAACAAAUGGGCUGAAUACUUAUUGGCUCAAGAUACUUCAGCCUUUUUUAAUUUGCAAUUUUUUUAAAUCUAAAAACCUAAUUCCACUUUGACAUAUGUGGUAUUGUAUCUAGGCCAGUGACACAACAUCGCUAUUGUAUCCAUUUUAACUCCAGGCUGUAAAACAACAAUGUGGAUAAAGUAAAGGGCUGUGAUUACUUUCUGAGGCACUGUGUGUGCACUACCUGUUGUCUGAAUGGAAAAUAUGCUGUUUUAGAUCUCCCCCCCCUUCCUUGGUAGAUAUUUUUUUUAUAUGGUGUCAUGAGAUCAAUUAUAACAUGUACAUCUCACAUUAUGAUAUGUAUUAAAUGUUCAUGUGUGCACAUGAACAUGCACUGAUUAAAAUCAAAAUGUUGAAUUUAUGUGAAAGACAGGAUUCUUGUGCAGUAGCCAUGGACAUAUACUCUAUGUCCCGCCUACGAGGCGUGGUGAUGUAUCGUCUUACCACAGAUGCUGCAUUGGUGGAAGUAUCAAACGGCGGCGAUCCGGUCCAGGCCAUGGGGGGAACUGAUGCCAUGGUCUGAAACGUGAGAUUGAGAGAGUGAGUGAGGUGCCCACUCAACGCUCCAACAGGGCUUUGAUGUUGAAAACCCCUGGGCACUCAUAUUUAGAAGACUUUUUCUCCCCAUCGUUGGAAUUGUCCAUCAGGCUGUUGAAAUGCCCCUUUUGAAGUGGAGGGGCGUGUGAGGACAGCAGCCAUGCCACCCCACUCUGACAUCGUCAAGGUGGCCAUCGAGUGGCCCGGCGCCAACGCCCAGCUCAUCGAGAUUGACCAGAAGAAGCCUCUGUCCUCUAUCAUACGGGAGGUGUGUGAUGGCUGGUCUCUGUCUGGCUCUGAGCAGUUUGCCCUGCGUUACGCUGACGGUCCUCAGCUCUACAUCACUGAACAGAGCCGUAGUGAAAUGAAGAAUGGGACCAUCCUUCGAUUAGCCAUAUCUCCCGCCCGUGCAGCACGGCAGCUCCUGGACAGGAUCCAGUCUCAUGGCAUAGAUGCCCGCUUGGAGGCCCUGAAGGAGCUGGCCAAGCUGUCAGCUGACCCCACCUUUGCCACCGAGUUCAUCAACAUGGAGGGCAUUGGGACCCUGGCGCGCCUGGUGGAGAGCGGCACCCACUUUGGAGAGAUGCUGGCCUUCACUCUCACUGCCUUCCUGGAGCUGAUGGACCAUGGAAUAGUGUCCUGGGACCUCAUCUCUCUGUCUUUCAUCAAACAGAUUGCGGGCUAUGUGAACCAGCCGAUGGUGGAUGUGUCAAUCCUGCAGCGCUCUCUGGCCAUCCUGGAGAGCAUGGUCCUCAACAGCCACAGCCUCUACCACCGGGUGGCGCAGGAUAUCACUGUUGGACAGCUCAUCGGACACCUGCAAGUAUCCAAUCAGGAGAUCCAGACGUAUGCCAUCGCACUCAUCAACGCCCUCUUCCUCAAGGCACCGGAGGAUAGACGGCAGGAAGAGCAUAAUAACCCCCUGGACCAGCGGCUCACUGAGAUGGCGAGCACCCUGGCCCAGAAACACCUACGGUCCAUCAUCCUCAAUCACGUUAUCAGAGGCAACAGACCAAUCAAAGCCGAGAUGGCGCACCAGCUCUACGUGCUGCAGGUACUGACCUUUAACCUUCUGGAGGAACGCAUGAUGACUAAGAUGGAUCCCAGCGACCAGGCCCAGAGGGACAUCAUUUUCGAGUUGCGCAGGAUUGCUUUUGACGGGGAAAACGACCCCAGUGGCACGGAGAAGAGAAAGGCCAUGUACACCAAGGACUACAAGAUGUUGGGCUUCACUAACCAUGUGAACCCUGCCAUGGACUUCACGCAGACCCCUCCAGGGAUGCUGGCCCUGGACAACAUGCUCUACCUGGCCAAGCUGCACCAGGACACCUACAUCAGGAUUGUUCUGGAGAACAGCAGCCGCGAGGACAAACACGAGUGUCCUUUUGGUCGCUGUGCCAUCGAGCUCACUCGUAUGCUGUGUGAGAUACUACAAGUGGGAGAAUUGCCCAACGAGGGCUGCAACGACUACCACCCCAUGUUCUUUACUCACGACCGGGCGUGGGAGGAGUUCUUCUGCGUCUGCAUCCAACUGCUCAACAAGACCUGGAAGGAGAUGAGGGCCACGGCUGAGGACUUCAACAAGGUGAUGCAGGUGGUUCGGGAGCAGAUCACCCGGGCUCUGGCCAUGAAGCCCUCGUCCCUGGACCAUCUGAAGGGUAAACUGCGAGGCCUCAGCUACUCUGAGAUCCUGCGUCUGCGCCAGUCUGAGAGGAUGAGCCAGGACGACUUCCAGUCACCACCCAUUAUUGAGCUACGCGAGAGGAUUCAGCCAGAGAUCCUGGAGCUGAUCAAGCAGCAGAGGCUCAACCGCCUGUGUGAGGGAAGCUGCUUCCGCAAGCUGGGCAACCGCCGCAGACAAGAGAAGUUCUGGUUCUGCCGUCUGUCUCUGAACCACAAGGUGCUGCACUAUGGAGAUCUGGACGAGUCUCCGCAGGGGGAAGUGCCCCUUGAGCUGCUCACCGACAAGAUCCCCGUGUCUGAUAUCAAGUCUGUGGUGACGGGGAAGGACUGCCCCCACAUGAAGGAGAAGAGUGCACUGAAACAAAACAAGGAGGUUUUAGAGCUGGCCUUCUCCGUCCUGUACGAUCCUGAUGAGAACCUCAACUUUGUGGCCCCCAACAAAUAUGAGUACUGUGUCUGGACUGAUGGGCUGUGUGCGUUGCUGGGCCGAGAGAUGGGCAGUGACCUCACCCACAGCGACCUGGACACGCUCAUCUCCAUGGAGAUGAAGCUCCGCCUCCUGGACCUGGAGAACAUCGCCAUACCCGAAGCCCCUCCCCCUGUUCCAAAAGAGCCCAGCACUUACAACUUCACCUACAACUACGGCUGAGGGGUGUGUGUAAGGCCGGUUUGUGUGAGAGAGCUGGGCCGUAUUUGUGUCGGUGUGUGUGUGGGGCACGGUUGCGUGUGUGUAUUUGUGUGUAAUAAGACGAAGGAAACCACUCAUCCCCUAGCCACUUAAUCUUGAAAUCAACAUCACUUGUCUGAUACUCUAAAAUCCAACUGCCCACAAAUAAUCCAGGCAGGCUACGUAACACCAGACAACAAAAUGUUCCAUUGUAUUUAAAAAUAGAAAAAAUCACCGUUAUGGUACAUGCUUGAUACGAACCUGAAAGUUAAUAUUUUGUUUCAUAAUUCAUCACUUCAUGGCCAUACCAACUGUUUUUGUUAAAUAAGCUCUGUGUGUUUUGAACAAUUACAGCUGAGCCCCAAUAUUGCUUCAUGCAUCGUCAUAACAAUAGAACCAGAUCUGUUUGAACUAACACAUCACGACCCAGGGUCUAUUCAAGCCACUCCCGUGUCUGCUCAUCCUCUAAUUCACUACUAAUCAAUAUUAUUGAUGUUUGUUAUGCAGAAUCUGAUUAUAUUUUUGUAAAUGACUGUGAACUCAGACUCAGCUUUGAAGAGAAGGAACAUUAACGUUCUAGCAACCUACUAAUUUGACUUUAAAAUAUGGUGGUUUAGGGCACAAAAGAUUGAGCUAGGUAUUAAACUGACAGAGGUAUCAGAGAAAGCAGUAAGCCAUUUGAUGGCUUAUCACAUGUUUGUCUUCUAUAAUUAUUAUACUUUGCACAGUCAAACUCAGUUGCCAAAUGGUGAUCUGUAUGUGGAGACAUUUAACACUAAACAAAAUGGACCUUUCACCACGCAAACACUCUGAAGUCACAUAUCCUCUGGAAUUAUUAGGUUAGGAGAUGGCCAAAAUGCCUCGUAACAUGAAUCCUCAAUGGUCAAGGUGUCAAAUAUUGAAUAAUGUGUUUUUGUUGUAUCUUGCACUGCUGAUGAAAGUAACAAGAAAUGUGCUCAGUAUAUGCUAUUGGAGUUUGGUUACACUGUACGUAAAUUAAUAGGAUUCAGUGGUCUUGUAUUGCAAGUUAUUUGUAAAAGGGUUCUGAUAUUUGAUGUCCCAUUGUUCAUAGUACACAAUCUAAAAGGGAUGUUAUGUCAAAGACAUCACUGUCAAAAGCUUGUAGCUGCUUAAAGAAUUCUACAAAAUGCCACAUUGAACAAAAGUCAUCUUGCUAAUGGACACCCCAACAGUAUGGAGACUUCUGAAGAGGCUUAAGCAUUAGGUACUCUUUAACAUGACAUGCUAAACCAUGACCGUGUUCAGGCUAGUGCUGUUAGUGAAUGACAUGUUAGUCAUGAAAUACAUUUACAGUUGAAGUCGGCAGUUUACAUACACUUAGGUUGGAAUCAUUAAAACUCGUUUUUCAACCACACCACAAAUUUCUUGUUAACAAACUAUAGUUUUGGAAAGUCAGUUAGGACAUCUACU